UAACGGUACAGGCAGUGCAUCGCCAGCCCAGCAGUGUCUGCUCAGUGGCUGCUGCUAUGGUGCGUGGAGCAUCGAGACGUUAGUGGUCAUAUUAACGUCCCGGUUUAGACUUAACGGCGAGACAGAGUCGCGGAAGUAAACAUAAAAGGAAAUAAGCAUUGGAGAAUAUGAACAAAGUGGACGCACCAUGUCGACCCGCCGCCUCUCUGAAAUUCACUAUUGACAACAUCCUCAAUCUCAAGACAAGCGGGAGGAACUGUGACAGUUGUCACCCCGCCGGACUGCAGGAUGACUCGGCCACGGCGAUGCGUAAAGACGGUUUCCAGAGCCACCACGAGGAGCACGUAGUCCAGCAGCGACAGGACCCGGGCAGCAGGCUCAACGACAGAGAGUUGAUCACAGACUGCAACGGAGCAACGGAAUCUGUCAUCAUCAGCCGCGGAGACCCGAAGAAGGCGAGGGAGGUGCGGUUCGAAAGCGGGGACAGCAGCUGCGACGACAGCAGCUCCACUACCACGGCCACGGACACCCACAAAGGAGGCAACCCUGCCAAGAAGAGCAAAAUAAUAACGAAAAAGAAAACGCGCACUAUUUUUUCCAAGAGACAGAUUUUCCAGUUGGAGUCUACCUUCGACAUGAAACGCUAUCUAAGCAGCGCAGAGCGCGCCUGCCUCGCCAGUUCCCUCCAGCUUACGGAGACCCAGGUGAAAAUAUGGUUUCAGAACCGCAGGAAUAAAUUGAAACGGCAAAUAUCGACCGAAAUCGACGGACCUGUUACCGAUUUCCCCGAGACUGGAAAGCCCGUGGUGGUGGGGCAGCUCCCGGCCUUGUACAAAGAGAGCAACCUGCUGGGGAGAUGCCUGCUGCCCAUGCCUCUGCCCGUUGUAUACCCGGGGAGUAGCACGCCUUACCUCUGCUUCUCAAACGCCAGCAAGUACUUCAGCCUGUAUGACGGGGACGUAUGAUGGUGUCAUUAAUUCCCCACGUGAAAGAGACACUUUUUGGUGGUCUGUUGCCAAGUUUUCAAGCAUUUAAAGGUGUUUAGAUGGUGGGCCGGACCUGCGGCCUUACUGUUUACGAACACUCCAAGUAAAACGACAGAGAAGUAGCCUACAUAUCACUUCAAAAUAAGAUGAUUCGGUAUUAUUUAUUUUUCUGUCAAAGCUGUGGGUUUUGUAUAGGCCCAACACUAAACAUGAUAAAGCAACACAUAGCCGUUUUUAGGAAAUAGCAGGCUAGGCUAAUGAUAGCCUGAGGGAGGCCUAAACAGUACAAAUCCCAACAUUUUAUUGUUUACAUGACAUGGCAUUAUUAUUCUAAUUAUUAUUACCAUCAUUAUUGUUAUUGACAACAGCAUUUCCAGCAGCCUACGCCACCAAAGAAAUUACUAUAGCCUAGCUAUUUGCAUGCAUUUCCUGUAUCAUAAUGAAUUUUGAAUUACUGAAAUUAUCUAUGUAUUUAAAUGAAUGUAAUUAACAUUUUAUUCUAUGUUUCACGCAUGUCUAUUUUUUUUCUUGAGUAUCCUACUAUUCUUACUUUAUUCCACAUUUGCCUAUAGGCUCAUUACACCGUUUACUGAAACUGCAAUUAAAACAUCUUCAUUCAAGAAA